AUGUCUCCUGUACGUGAAGGAAGCUCAGGCAGUGGCAUGGGCGAUGGUAUGUUAAUUGCUGAAUAUCAGAUGGCUUCGCGUGACUGGCAUGGACCAUAUGCCAAGGUACCAUGUAUCUACUUGGCAUCACCGUAUCCAUUGUUAGAACGCCCAGCUCGCGGAUUUUUGGCACUCAUCACCGCCCCCGCAGAUGUGUUCGAGAAGGUUUCUUAUCGUAUAGGAGUACGCAACGACAGCAGCGAUGGAUACGCAGCUUGGCACUUCAAAGUAUGCGGGAGAACUCCAUGGAAGUGCACACAAUGUCAAGCGAUGGACGUCCCUGAUACAUGCGCAAAGAACCCGGGGGUGGUGAAUGUUGAUCAAAUGGUCUGGCAGUCGCCCGUGGCCACAUUCAUCAUCGAAAGCUUGCUCACAGUUCUCGGUAACAAAUAUAGACCCUUGGCAUUGGAUGAUCUGGGCAAAGCAAGAAUAGCGGACCAAAUCGGGACAGAAGCAUUGCGAGCACAUGCUGCGGGAACGACCUGGAGUGAGCAUACGGCGCUGGCUGAUAGCGGCCUCAUCCUCGCUCCUUACGGCCUGCCUCUAUCCCCCCCUGCUCCCUCACGGUUGAGCGCUGCAGUAGCCCAUCCCUCCCCUCCCGCCAUGGCUGAUAUUACUCAAGAGAAGACUCUGAAGCGCUCCGGCUCCUCCUUCGACCAGAAGGACCCGGAGAUCGGCCACAAGGUUGACCCCGUCAGUGAUGAGGUUGUUGCCGACGUUGCCGGAGCUCGCUUCGAUGACCCCAACCUUGACCGCACUCACCUUGGCGACCUUGAAGAGGACUCUCCUUACCCGGAAGUCCGCUCUGCCGUCGCCAACACCGAUGACCCAGAUAUGCCCGUCAAUACGAUCCGUGCUUGGUUCCUCGGCAUUAUCUGGGCUAUCCUCCUCCCCGGUCUGAAUCAGUUCUUCUUCUUCCGUUACCCCUCCGUCACCAUCGGCAACCUCGUAGCCCAGCUCAUCUCGUUCCCCAUGGGCCGCUUCUUGGCUUGGGCUCUUCCUCGUCGUCGUAUCUUCGGUCUCGACCUCAACCCUGGGCCAUUCUCGAUUAAGGAACACGUUCUAAUUACAGUCAUGGCCACCGUCGGCGCCGGCUCUGCGUACGCGACUGAUAUUGUUGCCGUACAACGUGUGUAUUACGGACAAACUUGGAACUUCAGCUACCAAUGGAUGGUAGUCAUGAGUACUCAGCUCAUCGGCUUCUCGAUUGGCGGUGUCGCCCGUCGUUUCCUCGUUGCUCCUCCUUCCAUGAUCUGGCCUGCCAACCUCGUCUACUGCGCACUCUUCAACACCCUCCACCAACAGCAAUACGCUGGUGCUGGUUCCCGCGGAGGUAUUAGCCGCGAGCGCUUCUUCGUUUACGUCUUUAUUGGCGGCUUCUUCUGGUACUUCCUCCCCGGAUACCUCUUCACUGCCCUCUCCUACUUCUCGUGGGUGUGCUGGAUCGCUCCGAACAAUGUCAAGGUCAAUCAGAUGUUCGGUGUCAUCCACGGUAUGGGUAUGUCCCUCUUCACGUUUGACUGGUCGCAAAUUGCCUACAUCGGCUCUCCUCUCGCGACCCCGUGGUGGGCUGAGGCCAACGUCAUGGCUGGCUUCUUCUUCUUCUUCUGGUUCCUCACUCCUGUCCUGUACUACACCAACACCUGGUACGCUCAGUACAUGACCAUCUCGGGCCGUACCUCGUACGACAACCAGAAGAAGGCCUACGAUGUCAACCGUAUCCUCAAUCCGGACGCUACUCUCAACAUGGAGGCAUACAAGGCUUAUUCUCCUCUGUUCCUCUCCACGACCUUUGCCCUCUCCUACGGUCUCUCGUUCGCCAGUAUCACCUCGACCAUCAUGCACGCUAUCCUCUACUUCCGCAAGCAGAUUUGGACCCAAGCCCGUCGUUCGUUGCACGAGCAGCCCGAUAUCCAUGCCCGCUUGAUGAGCCGCUACAAGCAGGUCCCCGAGUGGUGGUAUGCCCUUAUCUUCAUCCCCUCGCUCAUCUUUGGUAUCGUCUCGAUCGAGGUUUGGCCCACUCAAAUGCCGGUUUGGGCGUUCUUCUUGGCUUUGAUCAUUGCGUUUGUGUACAUCAUCCCGAUCGGCAUGAUUCAGGCCAUCACGAACCAACAAGUCGGUCUGAAUGUCAUCACCGAGCUCAUCAUCGGCUAUGCCCUUCCCGGUCGUCCGAUCGCCAUGAUGAUGUUCAAGACCUGGGGUUACAUUACCAUGGCCCAGGCUCUCCAGUUCACCUCCGAUUUUAAGCUCGGCCACUACAUGAAGGUUCCUCCUCGUCCGAUGUUCCUCGCUCAGAUCGUCGCUACCGUCAUUGCUGGCACUGUCCAGCUUGGUGUACAGGCCUGGAUGUUCACCAACAUUCCCGGAAUGUGUACCGAAGACCAACCCGAUGGCUUCAUCUGCCCUUCGACCGAAGUGUUCGGUACUGCCUCGAUCAUCUGGGGUGUCAUCGGUCCCGCGCUCCAAUUCUCCAAGGGCCAGAUCUACUACGGCUUGUCGUUCUUCUUCCUCAUCGGUGCCAUCUGCCCUGUUAUUGCCUGGUCGAUCACCCGCAAGUGGCCCAACUCGUUCUUCAAGUACGUCAACUUCCCGGUCAUCUUCAACGGAACCGGCUUGAUUCCCCCGGCGAGUGCGAUCAACUUUGUCCCCUGGGCGAUUGUUGGGUUCAUCUUCCAGUACGUCAUUAGGAGGAGACACUUCCAGUGGUGGGUCAAGUACAACUACGUCUUGUCCGCUGCACUCGACUCUGGAGUCGCCAUCUCCAUUGUUAUCAUCUUCUUCUGCUUGCAAUACCCCAAGAACGGUACCAUCGGCGAGAACAACGUCCUCACCUGGUGGGGUAACACCGUUUACACCGAAACCGCCGACGCCAAGGGUUCGCCUUUGCGCGUUCUUGCUCCUGGCGAGACGUUUGGUCCUUCCUCCUGGUAA